AUGGCCGAAGUCCACGGGAGAGAGGCCCUGCUCCGGGCUGGUGUGUCUCCGACCCAAGUGGGGGAUGCUAUCCAGAACCUGCAGUUGCAGCAGUUGGUUCCGGCCCCGGCGGCUCCGGCGCCGAAUUUGCAGAGGUUUAGCACGGGUCUCUGGCAGCUUCCACAUGCCUCGGCGUUGAGGCAAAAGCAACUUGAGGAGAUGAGGGGAGUCUGCAGCCUGUCGGAACGCGAUUUCGAUUCCCUUAGCGACAUCGUGAAAAGGGGCUCCCGACUCCCGAGCUUGAUUUUUGGCGCGAUGAUGGCAUGUCUUGUCGUCUGUCUGCUCUCGCUUCUCUUCUUCUUUCUGUCAGGAGAUGUCUUUGACAAGAGCCAUGACCCCCCUCCAUACUACAUGGUGGGCCAAGCAUCUCCGUUGAUCUGCUUCUGCCUGGUCCCGGCGUAUUUGUGCGCACUUCCCCGAGCAAAUCGUCAGAUCACACGCGAUCUCAACCAACACUUCCGGUUGCAUGCACGCAACUUCAGCUUCCAGCUCGUCGUCACAAAAAAAGAUAUAUGCUGCAUGGAGACUGACUGGCGACUGGUGGUGAGCUUUGAAUCCAGGGCUGAUGGAAGCGUCUGA